AGCUCGCGGGGGCCGGGCCGAGCCGCGGGGCGGGGCCGCCCCUCUGUCUCCGCUGCCUCCUCCCCCACCGCCGCCGCGGAGGAUGCGGACGGCCCCCGGCGGCGUCUAGCGGCCCGGGCCCGGCACGAUGGUGCAGCAGCGGGGCGCGCGGGCCAAGCGGGACGGCGGGCCGCCGCCCCCGGGGCCCGGGCCGGCCGCCGAGGGGGCGCGCGAGCCAGGUUGGUGCAAGACCCCGAGCGGCCACAUCAAACGGCCGAUGAACGCGUUCAUGGUUUGGUCGCAGCACGAGCGGAGAAAAAUCAUGGACCAGUGGCCCGACAUGCACAACGCUGAGAUCUCCAAGCGCCUGGGCCGCCGCUGGCAGCUGCUGCAGGACUCGGAGAAGAUCCCGUUCGUGCGGGAGGCGGAGCGGCUGCGCCUCAAGCACAUGGCGGACUACCCGGACUACAAGUACCGGCCUCGCAAGAAGAGCAAGGGGGCGCCCGCCAAGGCGCGGCCCCGCCCCCCCGGAGGCGGCGGUGGUGGCAGUCGGCUGAAACCCGGGCCACAGCUGCCGGGCCGCGGGGGCCGCCGAGCGACGGGAGGACCUCUGGGGGGCGGCGCGGCGGCGCCGGAGGACGACGACGAAGACGAAGAGGAGGAGCUGCUGGAAGUACGCCUGCUGGAGACCCCCGGGCGCGAGCUGUGGAGGAUGGUCCCGGCGGGGCGCGCCGCCCGCGGACCCGCGGAGCGCGCGCAGGGGCCAUCCGGCGAGGGGGCGGCCGCCAGCGCCGCCUCUCCGACCCUGUCCGAGGACGAGGAGCCGGAGGAAGAGGAGGAGGAGGCGGCUACAGCAGAGGAGGGCGAAGAGGAGACGGUGGCAUCGGGGGAGGAGCCGCUGGGCUUUCUGUCCAGGAUGCCCCCGGGCCCCGCCGGCCUGGACUGCAGUGCCCUGGACCGUGACCCGGACCUGCUGCCCCCUUCGGGCACGUCACAUUUCGAAUUCCCGGACUACUGCACCCCCGAGGUUACCGAGAUGAUCGCAGGGGACUGGCGCCCGUCUAGUAUCGCCGACCUGGUUUUCACCUACUGAGCCCACCGUCAGCGGGGCGCGCACGCCCCCAAACCAGCUGUUUACAUACAGGAAUCAGGUAUUGGGGCCCCUCGGAGGCCGAGGCUGGCACCCCAUCUCCCGCGCAGCCUCCCCCCUCCUAGUUGUGCCCAUCCCCCCACUAAUCCAGACAUACCCCUCCCCCGCAGACACACCCCAAGGCAGCCCAACCCCCACUUUCUCCCUGACAUCUAAGCCCCUCCCCAUCCAGUCCUGUCCCGCGUAGCCACCAGCAACCAGCCCCCCUCGGAUACACCUCCCUUUCCUCCUACAUACCUUAACCCCUCCCCUCACUUUGCACACGCCCCUCCUCGUGGCCGGGCGACACGCCCCUUGGUUCCAGAAUCCCUCAGCCCUCGUCUGGGCCUGCCUUGGUAGUUGAGGGGGCGCUGCAGUCUAGCAGCCCAGCGCUCCUCCCAGUCCCCUCUUCUGGGGGGAAGGGCACCAUCCCUUCCCCCCUGGAUCUCAAGGCCCCACCCCUCAGCUUGAACCAUCCCCCACCCACCCCCUUCUUGCGCAUGCUUGAUGCUUCUUGGAGGGGGCAGGUCCCAGUUAAGCUGCAGGCCUCUAUUGCCAACUCCGAAAGGGAGGGGGCGAUUAUAGAGUGAUCUAAGAAAUCCUUUGAUCCCGGAGCCUGUGGCUUACUCUCAACCCAACGGGGCGUCACUGCCUUAAUGGGAGGCGCACUCAAAGGGAGAGAUAGAAUCUAGCUAGCCCUAAACUCUGCAAGUGUCAACCCCUUUUCUAUGAAGGGGUCACCCACGCCCACCACCACCCUCCACCGCGUGACUGCCUUUACAGCCCAUCUUGGUCGCCGGAAACUUGAUUUCCCCAAGUGGGAAUUUGGAAUUCGGUCUUUGGAAAUCCACCAAGAUGGGAUUGUCCAAGAGAACUCAGAACCAAGACACCUACCAGUCUGGGGACAGAGUUCCUGCUGCCCCCUCAACCCCCCUCCUCGGGAAGCGCCCUAUCAGCUCAGGGCAUCCUCUUUGCCUGGGCUCCUCCCUAACUCCAUCACCCCUUCCUAUCACUCAAAUCCAGUCUCAGCAACCACAGCUGCAGUAUUCAGUGGGAAAAACUGAAGCACGUUGUUGCUAGGGUUUAGGACAGGCAUACCAGCAGACGGGUGGCAAGAAUGAGGACCACGUCUAAACAAACUUGGCUUGAGGAGAGACCAGGCCAGGGGACGGUGGCUGAGCUAGUGGCCUCGGGUGCUUUGCACCUCGGUCUGCCCUUGUGAGAAAUGAGGUGGCACUGCUGUAGUUAGGAAGCUGUGUUGAGAUGAGGUUGCCCUCCGGAGCCCUGCCCGGUUGCCAAGUCUGCUCCACUGGUCUCCCGCUCCAGCCCCGCGCUCCUCCAGCCUCCCCAUCCUCCUCUGCCCUCACUACCUGUAUCUCACCGGCGUGUGUUCACCCUCUGGGUGGUUCACACACACUCAUUCACACACACACAAAUCUCAGGAACAAACGGUCCCAGAGUCCUCUUCGACCCCUGCCCUGGGUCUCCGCAGGUCUCUGCCCCACGCGUUCCCUUCGCUGACAACGCCACCAGCUGCCUCCUUUAAGCUUGGUGCUCCGGCUCUGGGCCUUUCUUGCGCUCUUUUUCUCUUUCUCUUUCUGUUUUCUUUUUUUUCUUUUUCUUUUUUUUCUUUUUUAAGAAAACAACAAAAAGACAAUGAAAAAAAAACGGAAAACGUCAUGUGAGUGAAGAGAUGUCACUGUCUGUGGUCUUUGGAGAACUAGUCUCGUAGCUGAGGGGAAGGGAUUCCCUCCUCUGGGGCACUGGCACCCACAGCAGGACUCGCCAGUCUGAUGCCAGGACUGAAUAAAGUGUAUUUGCCCCGACCUCGCCCUGUGGUUCUGCAUGUGUGUGCUUCUCGCCCCUGGCCAGCUUCAGGUGCCUAGAGUAUGGGCUGGUGCAGAGAAAGUUGGAUAUCUCUUUAGGCCUCUGUUCUCCUCUAUCUCAGGAAACCCUGCCUUUCAUUAAGAAUGGCAAACUCACCUUUACAGUGGCUAGGUAGGCAUCAUAACUGAGAGGGUUAGGGUGGGCGCUGGUGUCACAAUGCAAAGGUGCAAGCCUUUGUAGACAAUAGCCAUAUUUUUUUUCAAGAGAUGCAGGAAACCAGUCAUUGUGCUUGCUAAGUCUCAUUAGGUCAGAUGAGACAAGUAUGCAGGCAGGCAGGACUGAUCCUACCGGGUCAGUUCGACUGUUUAUUAAGGAUUGGGAAGCAAGAUUGGUAGCUGUGCUCAGAGCCUAUCUCCCGAGCAGCUCCGCCCAUGUGUGUCUUGUAAGGAUCAGCAUGGUGUUUUCAGAGUGAAACCAUGCUUGAGGUAGGCAGCAUUUAAUGCGGUAGACUCCAUAAAUUGUGUUGCUUCAUUUCCAGAGUAGGAAGCUGGGGGGUCCCCAUCAAGCAGCCAUGGCUAGGAGUAUUCUGAGGUAUCCCGCAAAUGGGUUGUCCGAUGCUGAGCAUCGGCCAAGGGCCUGAUGUACACAGGCCUGCAGUGUUAAGCCUACCACGGGACAAGAGGGCAAUAGGCCAAGAGUCUUCUCAAGAGGUUCUAACUCUGUACUUCUUGGUGCUCUGUACCUUUCCCCCAGUGCUUUACCUUGUCCAGUGAAUGUCAGUGCUCAAGAAAAGCCCUUUUUCCCAAUAAGCCAGGACUGGGGGUGGGUCUUUUCAGGGCUGCUUCUCUGCUUCUGGAGAGAAGCCGACUGGGGAGAAAGCAUGAGUAGAUAGCAUUGAGGAAGGGAGGACAGCGGAUGUGCCAAACAGAAGUCAGUUCAAGGGUUUCCUAGACCAUAGGAAACAGGGUCAGUGAAUAACCUCCAGCAAGGUCAGCCCCUGACAUCAGACUGCCCUAGGCCACACCCUUCUCCCUAGUAGGCCUGCCCCGGUGUCUAAGCUAGGUUGUUUUAGUGCUUGUGGGGCAGGCUGUUAAGCGUUUCUUCCACCAAUCUCCCCUGCUCCAGAGCUUUGUCAGACUGCCUGCAUUUUGAGUUCUUCAUGCCCAACCCUACCUUUUUUCCACAGGUGUUCGUCCUAAUAAACAUCUUA